AGAAAGUCAAAGUUAAUGUAUUCUAAAGACGUACGCUAAUGUUCGUGACGAUAUUUGUGUCGGAAGAAGUUCUUGAAUGUCAUCCUUACCGGGAAAUGCUUUGCAAGAUCGCGAAGCAAUUCGUGUAAAAGCAGUGGUACGUGUAAAAACCCACAAGCAUUGCUGUAAAAUAGUGGAAUGAUCUUUUGCUUUCAACUAAUUACUUAUUCAUUUAAACUUUCCAUUUCCCUUAACAAAUUAAUCUACUAAUUGUUAUUAUUUUUUCUUUUUUCAGUUAUAUGAUGGAAAAUUUGAUGGUGAAGGAGUCAAGAGGUGCUUCUCCGUAGACCCACAUAUCACGUCUUUUAAUAAUCUUUGUCAGUUAUUGAAGCGAGCCUUUCAAUUACAAGGGUAGGUAAAUACAUCGUGAUGUGAAUGUUCCAGCACUACUCUGUUGUCGUAGUUUUUGAGCGAUUUACGGGUACUUUUCAAACUGGCAUUUAGAAACUACGAAAGAAAGACGAGUGGGGUCGAUAUCUGUUAAAAAAACUGGCAACUUAUUUUUCAAUUAUUGAAUAAAAUUGGUGACCGUAGUUGUUCAUGCACAAUUUCUCGUUCUUCCUAUCACACAGUCAAUCGGUGUACAUAAAGUUGUCACCUACGUGGCCUCUAAUGCCUCCAUAGCGGCCAACGCGAAACGUAUUUUUUGUUCGGAGUGAGGAAUCAAUAAAAGACGAUAUCACAAAGUCAUACACCCUCAAGAGCAACCGACCCGUUAAAUUCAUAUGUUUUCGAUUUUAUCCGUUAACCGGUGAAAUCUGAAAUGGAGGCACGAGGUUGUAUCAACAGUAUUUGUAUGGUUCACCUAAGGUCGAAGUAAACACAGCGCACAUAAAUAUCUUUGCAGAUAAAAGGUUCGGCUAAAUUGAAGUUAUUUUAGGACCUGGCUCAGUAAAACAACGAAUAAACUUUGUUCAAAUAACAGGUCCCUAAUUUCUCGUGCAACGACCAAUUUACUGCUACACGUAGAAAAAAAGAUUCCAAAACUUUGUGGAAGUAGUAUCCUUGCUUUAAAUGGUUGUUGAGGAGACUUUAUUUUUUGACGUCUUUUCCUAUACAGGACUUCUUUUUCAUCAUUUACGCAACCACAGAUACAUUUAACAGCUGAUUUUCUCUUUUAUGAACCAUUCUUAGAGACUUUGAAAUAUCAUAUCAGCUCCCACAGUCAACAGAAAAUGGAAGGAGACCAGACGUGUUUAUCUCACUUACAUCUGACUUUGAUCUUGAUGCUGCCUUCAUGAGUUCAUCUUUGCCAUAUUUGAGUCUCAAGGUUGAACCUGUAGUUUGUUCAGGUAAUAUGGGUUUUCAUAACUAUAAUACUAGUUUACAUGCUUGUGACAUUUCAGUAAUAGUCCUACUAAAAAAGUUCCAAGUAAACCUGAAUUAACUUGACCUUGUUGUAAUGGAGACCAAAAAGAAGAAAUUACCUUCUUGUUGAUAACUGGUUUGUUAAAAUACAGCCAUGAAGGAGUCUUGCAAUUAAGUGGAAAAUAUAAUGAAGUCCUACCCAUAGAUCUAGCUAUCUAAACACUGCAAGCAAAGGCUACAUGAUAUCCUAAGUGAUAUCCCAAGUGUAAUUACUUAAAUAUGUUGCAAGGUCAAACAAACAAACAAAAUGGCUGGCUCCUUUCUGAGCUGGUUAGUGGUUUCAAGGCCUUUGGAAAAAAAUGGAGUAACAGGGACUUAUUUGUAAGUUUAGAGCUGACAACAUUAAGCACUGCUUGGAGACAUAACUUACAGUUGUUUUAGGUUAGUCCGGCAAUAUCUUGAUACAAAAGGGUUAAAUUUUAACUUUAAAAAAGUGAAGCACAGGUUUCAGACCUCAUAUGGCAUUGGAGUGUGGUAAAUCUUAUUUCCCAAGAAUUUGAAAAUCAAAUUUUUCUGGAGGCAAGAUAUCCCCUUUAGACAGGGCAAUCGAGUUUUAUUAUGUUAGCAUUCAUUUUGUGCAUGCUUUUAUCAAUUUCAAAAGAGAAAUGCAAUUGAGUUGGACACAAGUAACUGAGAACACUGAAAGCUAAUGAAAUCUGCAAGAGUAACCAUGUUGUUACUGUAGAUUUGAAUUAGCAAAUGUACACACACAAGACUAUUGGUUGUUUUUCUUGCUCAAAUUCAUGAUCCCUCCCCCCACAAAUUUCUAAAAACAUGUGAUUUCUAUGGCAUGAAGGACAAUGUAUUUUAAGGUUCUAAGAUUUUCUUUACCAAAUUUUGUUACUGGACAUGAUGGCCCAGGAGCCAAUUCAAAUGUGAGCUUGAAUUCAAUGUUAUAAAGCUGGGAAUUGGACCUUAACUUUUUAAAUCUCAAGAUCACAUCAGUAAUACUCAUUACUAUCUGCUAUACAAUUCCUAUGAUGGUAGCUUGGAGGAUUUGUUAUUAGAAUUCUCUAGUUGAUAUUUUUUGUUGUUCUGGUCACUUGCCUUCUUGAUAUUGUAUUGAAAUUGUGAACAAAAAUUGUCUUGGUCACUCGUGGGAGUGAAAAGUUAGAAGGAGUAGAUAACAUCAUUCUUCAAGACUCAAUAGUUUUAUAGUUUCAUUUAAGGCAAAUAUUCCUGCUGCAUUUCUUUACAUGUUGUGGUACCAACUAGUGCUUAUCUAUUGUAUUUUCAGAAGAUAGUCACAAUGACUGGACUUUCCUUCAGGCAACAGAAGCACCACUGACUAACAAUGUACAAUCUACUGGAGUUUCCUCUGCAGUUCCCUUCCACAUAUCCUUAAAACAUCAAAUGGAGCGAACGUUCAGCAAGAUUACCAAAGCUUUCACUGAUUCAGUCAGACGAGGACCUCUAAAGGAAUUAGAGUGGCAAUGUCAUUUGGACUCUGAAGGGCGUGUUCUUGCCAUUGAGGAGUUAUGGGUUCGAGUUUUCCAUGGGGGUGGACUUGACCCUGUCUUACGCAAAGAAGUUUGGCCACAUCUGCUCAAUGUGUUCCCCCCUGAUUUGACUAAAGAAGAGAGGGAGAGACAUUUGAAAAUGAAAUCACAGGUUUACUGUCAUCUGAAGUCAAAAUGGAAGAGAAAAUGUCCCUUAGAGAUAGAAUCCAUCACCCAUUUGAUUAUGAAGGAUGUUUUACGAACAGACAGAACUCAUCCCUAUUUUGCAGUCCCUGAUGAUCAUGAACACAUGGAUUAUUUAUUUAACAUCUUGACAACAUAUGCAUUAGAAAAUCCUGAUGUAUCUUAUGCACAAGGGAUGAGUGAUCUGGCAGCACCUAUUCUUGUCAUUUUAGAUGAUGAAGCAGUAGCGUAUACUUGCUUUUGUUGUCUGAUGGAAAGAAUAAAAGGACACUUCCUUUUAAAUGGUAAAGCGAUGACACUGAAAUUUGACCAUCUGUCACAAUUAGUUAAUCGCAUGGAACCAGAGUUCUUUAAGUAUCUGAUGGAUAUUGGAGCAGAUGACAUGUUCUUCUGCUAUCGUUGGCUUCUCCUUGAUUUGAAGAGAGAAUUUCCAUUUGAUGAUGCUGUUCAGUUAAUGGAGGUGAUUUGGAGUUCACUGACCCUGCCAGCAGAAUCAGCAGCCCGUGCUUCAAAUAUGGUUUCUGGCUUACCCAGAGGUAACUCUGCUGCUGCUGCCAUUUUAAAACAGAAUGGUUACCAUACAGUUAAUAACAGUAAUAAUGAUAGUGAAGAUGAGUGGGAUAGUGAUUUGGAAGAUGAUAGAUUCUAUCCAUUUACCUCAAAAUCUGUUGAUCAAGAAAUGAAACUGAUUGAGUUGCCAGGCCCAUAUCAUCUUGGUGGUGGGAAUCCAUUUGUUCUUUUUUUGUGUUUGGCCAUACUGUCUCUUCACAAAGAUCACUGUAUGAACAAAGAGAUGGAUUAUAAUGCACUUGCCAUGUACUUUGACAAAUUGGUACGCAAGCAUGACCUUCAUAAAACUUUAAUGAAAGCAAGGGCAUUAUAUACUGACUAUCUAAGUUCAUGUGGAGUUGGAAAAGAUGAUGAGACACCCAUACCUGAAGAAACUACUUCAUCUUGGUGCAGCCAAGAACAUCACACAGAUGUUUUCCUUCAGACAAACCAUUUUGUUGAAUGUUGAUUAAUUAUAGGGUUUUUAGUAAAUGCUUUUCAAUUUCUUCCUAACUGUAUGAUAAUCAACAACCGUUCGUGGAAGUGGAGGUGGCUAGUGUUGGAUAUUUACCAUGCAAGGUAUAAAUCCAAGGCUAGCCACUGACACUGACAUGAACAGUUGUUUCUGUAUGUGCUAAAACAGUGAUAUAAUAUAGCACAAAAAGUUGAUUUGAAGUAAUUUAUUCCUGCGAUGAUUACUAUAUUUUCAAGCACAAAUACUUCUUGUGUUGCUCUGAGGUUAAUAAGAAAGGAUAUCCAGAGUUUUAAUAUAUACUAGGUUAGGUAGUCCUGGGGUAAAUCCGAGCCAUCUGAUUAGCAGUCAGUAUUUUGCCAUACAGACUGCUUCAAUGAAAAUGGUUGUAAGCCAUAUAUUUUUGUUGGCAAAAGCCAGCAAAUUCAAAACAAACAAGUGUGGUCUGAGUGCCAUAUGAUAAACUAAUUACUACCAUAUUGGGGAAUAUUGGCCCUCAUUCAUUUUUGUAUGGACCUCUCUGCACUCGGUCCAUACUGUUAUGACUUCAGGCCAAUAUUCCCCAGUACAGCUCUUGCACUCAGUUAAUAAGAAGUUAGUAUUUAAUAUUUAGUUAGUAUCCAUAACAGAGUGCAACAUGUCCACUUGUGAGUAUUGAUCAAUCCUCUCCUAUUCAUGAUAUUUUUCACUUGUACGCUACACUCACUCUUGAGAGCUGUUGUAACAUCUCAUUGAUAAAAUUUGCAUCCAGGUGUGGCCAUGUGAUUUCCUUUAUAGGUAAGGUUUAGGUGAAUCUAAAAUGAUUGUGAUAUUCUCUAGAUCACAUCAAGGUAGAAGAGGAAUCUCUUUCAAUAAUUUACAUAUUUAACUUAUUUAUUGAAUUCCUGAGAUCCUGUAAAAGUGGCCUAAAACCUUUGAUGCUAAACUAAAUUAACGGCAAAAACAUAGCUAACACAAAGAAAUCAGCUCUUCAUGAAAGCUUUACGUCAAAUCAUUCUAGAUGGUUUUGUUGGAAAUAGAGAACCAACUAUUUAAAAAAUUGAACAAAACAAGUUUCAAUAACGAGUAGUUAGUCAUGAAAGAUAAUCUUAAGGAAUCUUUCUGAUGAUGUAUUUUUCAAAAUUAACAAAAUGAGAAUGAUAACUAUAUGGCAUAGAAUCCUUUUAUAAUAGUGGGCACAAGUAUUAUUCUUUAAUAUGCAUGAAUUUAAUAGUGCAACAAUCAGAUGUGCCAGUUAUGAAAGAGGUCUGUGCAAAAGUAUUUUUUGUC